CCGCUCCAACUCGAAGCCACCAUUCCCGAACCACUCCGCUAGGCGCUAGUUGCCGGGCGGCCCACCGCUCAGCGACCGACCCCGAAACCCCCGCCGCGGCAAGCUCUCUCUACUCGAGCUGCCCGCCGCCCGCCCGCCCGCCAGCCAUGGCGCCGCCGGAGCCGGAGGUGUUCGACGUCGUCAUCUUCGGGGCCUCGGGCUUCACGGGCAAGUACGUCAUCCGCGAGGCCCUCAAGUUCCUCUCCCCCGACUCCUCCUCCCCGCUCCGCUCCCUCGCGGUCGCCGGCCGCAGCCGCGACCGCGUGGCCGCCGCGCUCCGCUGGGCGGCGGCCCCGGCCCCUCCCCCCGAGGGCGUGGCGAUCCUCGUCGCGGACGCCUCCGACCCGGCCUCCCUCGCGGCGCUGGCGUCCCGCGCCCGCCUCGUGCUCUCCUGCGCGGGGCCCUUCCGCCUCCACGGCUACGCCGUCGCGGCGGCCUGCGUGGCCGCGGGCGCCGACUGCCUCGACAUCUCCGGGGAGCCCGAGUUCAUGGAGCGCGUUGAGGCAGAGCUCCACGAGCCCGCCGCCAGGAACGGAUCGCUCAUCGUCUCCGCCUGCGGGUUCGACUCCGUCCCCGCGGAGCUUGGGUUCCUCUUCCACUCCAGGCAAUGGGAGCCCCCGUCCGCGCCUGCGACCGUGGAGGCGUACGUCAGCCUGCAGUCCACCAAGAGGAUCGUCGGGAACAUCGGCACCUACGAGUCGGCCGUGCUCGGGGUGGCCAACGCCAGCCAGCUGCAGGCGCUGCGCCGGUCAAGGCCCAGGCGGCCGAGGCCCAAUAUUCCAGGUCCUCCACCUCCCAAAGGUUCACUGAUUGAGGGUCACAAUCCUCUGGGAAUGUGGGCUAUGAAGUUGCCUUCCGCUGACACAGUGGUUGUGAAGAGAACUCUAUCAACCAUCACUGAGCAUACUGAGGGCCUUCCUGGGGCGGAAGAAACCCCAGAGUACACCGAGCUCAGGAAGAACUUCUGGUCCUCUGUCAAACCUGCCCAUUUCGGUGUGAAGAUCGCCUCCAGAUCCCUGAUGAUCCUCGUGCGCUUCCUGAUCACUGGACUGUUCAUUGGCCUGCUCGCCAACUUCUCCUUCGGCAGGUCCCUUCUGCUGAAGUACCCCGAGUUCUUCUCCGCGGGGCUGUUCAGCAGGGCUGGCCCGUCGGAGGAAGAGGUGAAGAGCGCCUCUUUCAAGAUGUGGUUCGUUGGGCAUGGCUACAGCGACGCAGCCCGGGCGUUGGAGCGCGGGAACAAGCCAGACAAGGAGGUGAUCACCAAGGUGUCAGGGCCUGAGGUCGGGUACAUCACGACGCCCAUCAUCCUGGUGCAGUGCGCCCUUGUCCUGCUGAGCCAGCGCGGCAACCUGCCCAAGGGAGGGGUGCACACACCGGGUGCUGUCUUCGGCCCUACUGACCUCCAGCGACGCCUCCAGGAGAAUGGGCUGUCGUUCGAUGUUCACGUGACAAGGGCCAUGCGCUGAGGUCGGCUGGGCUGUCGUGGAAACUGGAAAGAGCUGGGCGAAGGAUGCAAUCUGGGGAAUAAUAAGUAAUCCGUGUCAACUACUCAACUCAUUGUGAGUGUGGUAGUUGGGUGGAGUUCUACUAGUAGGAAGAAUCUACUCUCUUACGCGUGCUGUCUUUGUGUGAAGGUGGGAAAUGAUGUGCUCAGUGAAUCUUAGGGAUCCCAGGUCCAGUGUGUAAUGCGCAGAUUUGUCUCCAUGGGUUGAAAGUUGAGUAAAUAUACCAGCGGCCCUUAAACUUGUCUCGAGUUGUCUCGAGAUGUUAUUUAGGUCUACGAACUCUCAAAAUCGAAAUCUGACACCACGAACUUGUUAGGUUGAGUCCAUAGCCUUCAAAAUAUGUAAAGAAGGUCUUGAUUUUUA